AAGCUACCAAAUAAUGAUUACAUGUUCUUCUCAUAAUAUCGCAAAUUCAAAUCAAACAAAUCGAAAAUGUCAGGAGUGUGUGCCGAAAUUAUAGAUGAUAUUGAAGAUUUAAUAUCUUCUCAAGAUAUCACUCCUAAAGAGAGAUAUGCAAGUCGUAAAAAUGUGAGUGUCAGGUCAAAGAAACGGGAUUUACAGAAAUCUUCAGAGCCCGUUGAAAAGAUCAUUCUUGAAAGUGUUGUUCCAGGGACACAAACAAUAUAUGUGAAAACAUGGGGCUGCGCACACAACAACUCGGACUCUGAAUACAUGGCGGGACUGCUAGCCGCUCACGGGUACAAACUCACAGAGGACAAGUGGGAAGCUCAGCUGUGGCUGCUAAAUUCCUGUACAGUGAAGAGUCCGGCUGAAGACCAUUUCAAAAACGAGAUAGACCUCGGGCGUAGUCGUGGUAUUCACGUGGUAGUGGCUGGGUGUGUGCCUCAGGGUGCUCCUCGGAGCGGCUACCUGCAGGGGCUCAGCGUGGUGGGCGUGCAGCAGAUUGACAGGAUUGUGGAGAUUGUGGAGGAGACCCUCAAAGGUCACACUGUCCGUCUUUUCGGGCAAAAGAAAACCAACGACGGCCGUAAAGCCGGUGGUGCUUCACUACUCCUGCCUAAAGUACGCAAGAAUCCACUAAUUGAGAUCAUAUCAAUCAACACGGGAUGUCUGAACCAGUGCACGUACUGUAAAACCAAGCAUGCGAGAGGAGAGCUGGGCAGCUACCCCCCGGAGGAGAUUGUGGAGAGAGCGAGACAGUCGUUCAAGGAGGGAGUGGUGGAGAUCUGGCUCACCAGCGAGGACACAGGUACCUACGGGCGGGACAUCGGCACAUCCCUGCCCUCGCUGCUCCGGCGGCUGGUGGCGGAGCUCCCGGGCGGCGCGCGGCUGCGGCUCGGCAUGACCAACCCGCCCUACAUCCUGGAGCACCUGCCCGACGUCGCCCGCGUCAUGGCGCACCCCAGGGUUUACAAAUUCCUCCACGUGCCAGUACAAUCGGGCAGCGACCAGGUUUUGUCAGACAUGAAAAGGGAAUACACUGUAGCGGAUUUUGAGAGAGUCGUUGACUAUCUGAGAGAGCAUGUACCAGGUAUCACGAUAGCUACAGACAUAAUAUGCGGGUUUCCAACAGAAACCGAUGAAGAUUUCAAAGGUACUUUGGCCUUGUGCGACAAGUACCGUUUCCCGUCUCUGUUCAUCAAUCAGUUCUUCCCCAGACCGGGAACGCCUGCUGCCAACAUGACCAGGGUGCCGAGUCAAGAAGUGAAGAAGCGUACCAAAGUGCUGUCAGACUUGUUCAGGUCGUACGAACCGUACGGCCACAAAGUGGGCGAAAUACAAGAAGUUCUCGUGACCGACGUGUCUCACGAUAGAAACUACUAUGUGGCCCAUAACGAGUUUUAUGAACAGGUAUUAAUUCCUAAAGAAGAAAAAUACAUGGGGAAGAUGGUCACCGUCAGAAUAACGAGUGCAACAAAAUUCUCUAUGAUGGGAGAGCCCAUAGACAAACCCAAAAUGGUGGGAAUAUCCGCGCCAUUGAAGAAAGGAGAAGUUUCCGGUGUGAAAACAAUAACAAAGAAAGUACCGGUACCGUUACCGGUAAUUGUAGUGUUAUUUGCUGUAUUUUUAAGAUUAGUCUGGAUGUUUUUAUAAAGCAAUAAAUUGU